GAGUCGUCGUCGCUUUGGAUGCUCUUCUCAUCGGAGUCCGGUGUGGUCGUGUGGUUGUUCUCCACUGAUAAGUGAGUGGAUCGUCUGCCCGAUCAGGUGCCUCAUCUGACGCAGCCGUCAAACGCCGGCCGCACCAUGGGGAACAGACCUCCCGAGCCAAGGAGCGUUGACAUAGGCACCGAACCCGAUUCCGAACCAGAGCUGAUCGGACCCGAGAUGUUGGACAAAUCGAAGAUACUCACCCGCGGCAACAUUAUCGAUCUGUACAAUUCGAUGCCGGCGAGACUUCAGUGCGCGCCUUGGAAGCUCACGUACUCGACUCAUGUCAAUGGUUACAGCCUUCUCACAAUGUAUCGAUUGAUGGAAAGCGUAGAGGGACCAGUACUGGUUGUUGUGAAAGAUUUCCAAGGCACAGUGUUCGGAGUGCUGACUACAGAUCCGCUCCUCAUCAAACCGAGAUGGUUUGGUCACUUGGACAGCUUUCUGUAUACAUUCAAAUCAAAGUUUCGCACCUACGGGCCAACGUUCGCCAACUAUAACUGUAUUGCGUGCACGCCGACCUGCGUGAGAUUCGGAGGGUCCCGAAGCGGAUUAAGUGGUUUAUAUCUCGGAGACGAUUUCUGUGAUGGGAGCUCUCACGUCUGUGACACGUACAACAACGGCAUACUAUCGAAAAGCGAAUAUUUUCUCAUCAGAUCUGUCGAAAUGUGGACGUUCUUUGAUAAGUUCUAGAUUAUUCGAACGUGGUAUCACGACGCGGAAAGUCAGAAAUAUCCGGAGAAAGCCGAUUCCGCGACGGCCGUCUCUCAUCGGCGAGGGAAGUAGAGUUAGGAAUGUGCAGAAGUGCCAAGCAAACUCAGGAUAGUGCAAAAGGAUGAUUGACUUCGGAAACCGUGACAUCGAAUGUAAAUAAUUUGUACAUAGUAGUCAUUUUUCGGGUCGGCGCAUGUUUUCUACAGCUGCGCUCGAAGAAAGUCGAGUCGAUGAACGAAAUAAGUGAUAAGAGGAAGGAGAGGAUGGAAACGAUCUGUACGCGGUCUUCGCGCUUAAUAAAAAAGAUGCCAUAUCUUCCAGAAUGUUAUCGACUGGUAACAUCGAAAAA